AUGGAGAUUGGCUCAGAAAGUCUGCGAGUAAAUCUCUUCUCAGCCGAGGAAAAUGAGCAACUCAUGAAAGAGUCCCUUUACUUCCUGGAUGAGAUAAGAGAUUUAGCUCGGCAUAGAAUGGCUGCAUAUAAGCAGAGAAUCAACAAAUUUUGCAACCGAAGAGUCCACCAAAGACUUCUCAAAGUUGGGGGCCUGGUUCUUCGGAAUGCUGCUGCUGUGCAAAAAGGUCGUAUUCAUGGUAAACUCUCAGCAACUUGGAAGGGGCCCUAUGAAAUAUGUGAUGAGCUUCACCCAGGCACAUACCGACUUUGGCAGUUGGAUGUUCAAGGUUUUUGUACGGCGUUGUCCGAAGUAUUGCAUAAUGAUGCAUCGUACUUCGGCAAGUCGUGA